CUUUUUUUUUUUUGGUCCCGAAAUGCUACCAUUUUUUAUGAUUUUAUAACUUGUGUUUGAUUACAGUAAAGUUUCAGUGGAUGCAACUAUUUUACAUAUUGGUGAACUUGUAUAAUUGCCCUCCAAUUACGGUAACUUAAUUAAUAAUUACAGUAAUGGAUCAAAUACGACUGAAUCAAUAUAAAUACUUACAGAUAUUUAAACUGUAUUGUUCUUGGGCUCAGGUCAGGUACUUCAUUCUUUGUACUUUGAACUCUAGCUUACCUUAAGAUUGUUGCUGACCUUUGCAGUGAACACCAGGUUCUGCUUUCACCCUUUAUUUUCAGAAUAAAUGUGAAAUUUUGUCUGAAAUAAAGGCACUUUUGUGCAAAAUAAGCUUUUUUUUGUGCAGCUUCAGGAUCUUCUUUAAGAGCCAUGCACAUAGCACUAAGAGGUUGCUUUAUAUGCAGCAGUUCAUUUUCUGAACACAGGUAGGGGAUAUUGGAUGAAGUAUUUUCCUUUGCACAUUUUAUCAGCAUGGAAGUCUUAAUAAUGUUAUGACGUCUGUGUUAUGUAUGGUUGCCUUGCUCGUUCACGUGCACUUCAGCUGUUGAAGGGAACAAACAAGCGGACACAGGCAGCAGAUUGUGGCCCAUGGAGUUCUCCUUGCGUCUCCUUAGAGAGCCAGCUCAGAGCCUCAGACAGCUCAAAAUACUGCCUCUCAGAGAAGAAGGAAGAAAAGAAUGCGGAGUUCACAGUUGUUGAUUGUUUCCAGCAGAAAUUUGGCCCUGCAGUGCUGCCCCUAAAACAGCAAUGUGUUGUCAGAAUAGCAGAAGAAGGUGUUAAUUUGUGUCAUCAUGGAAAACUCUCAUGGCCUGAAACAGUAACAAAGAGACAUGUUUUUCUAUUUGAUAUCUUUCUUCUGGGACCCCAGGCUUUUGAAAAUGGAUUAAAAAUGGUGCUUGAAGAUAAAAACAUCUUGAAGAUCAUAUUUGACUGCUGGUGUGUCUCAGACUGUCUCUUUCACCAGUACAGUAUCCUCAGUGUCUUGGAUACACAAGCUGCUGAUGCUCUGCAGUUUUCAAUGACUACAGGUGCUUUUCUCCCACAUUGUGUCUGCACAUUACAGGAGUGUUUGAUGCAGCCCUUGAAGAUACCUUCCAAAUGGAAUGCCAUCCUGAAGUGCAGGCAGCAGUUGACUUCAAUGAAAUCCUGACAUAUAUGGUUCUUGAGACUCUUCCCAGCUUCUCUGCUUAAUGCACUUGUUCUGAAUGCUAUGUACCUCCUGCUGGUCCACUCAUCUCUAAUGGAUAACUUGAUGUCUGACCUAUCAGCUGUAGCACAUGGUUAUUUUAAUGCUUAUUGGACUGUCCUGGAGAUCACCUUGUGAGCACAAAUGUAGGUAUGUCUCUGCUUGUUUCUCUGGUAGUGAUUUGAUCUAAGGCUCUAAUGGAUAAAUGCUGGAGGACCGAGCUACAGCAGCUUCCUUUUCACAGUGGUACACCCUCCUGUGUGCUACAUACUUGUUUCCUGUGUGCAGCAGCA